AUGCCCUCGAGGGCCGAAUGGAGAGAGUCCAACUCCGACUCCGAUUCCGAGUUCGAGUUCGAGUCCAGAAGUUGCAUUCAUGCGGGCCUCCAGAGUCGACGACGAUGCGACGAUAAUGGAAAAUUGAGGGAGCGACAGAGGGACGACGACGAACUGCAUCCGGAAAAAUUACAGCAGCAGCAACAGCAGCAACAGCAGCAGAAGGAGCUGCAGCAACCGCAGCAGCAGCAGCAACAGCAACAGCAGCAACAGCAGCAGCAGCAACAGCAGCAGCAGCAACAUCAGUGCAAACAGCAGCAGCAACAACAGCAGCAAAAACAAACGCCGCAACAACAGCAGCAACAACAACAGCAGCAGCAACAGCAGCAGCAACAACAACAAUAUGUACAUAUAUACAUAUGUAUGUAG